CACCAAAUUUUGAAUUUGUGAUACCUUAUCUUGCAGUACCCUCUAAACCAGCAAACCUGAACAUUACCGGACAGAUACCAAGUGCAGACCAUGGUAUCAUUGCGACUUUAACAUGGACCAUGCCUUUAAAUAACAAACUUUAYUAUUACUACGUGCGUUAUCACUUGAGUGGUCAACAGCAUCACAUACAAAAGAGAACGAGGACCACUAGCGCCAAGAUUUCCCUCAAUCCAAACAGUCUCUAUGUUGUGAAAGUGAUGGCUAUUGAUUCCAAAAAUUCAUCCAUUCAAGGAAAAUGGUCAGAUGAUCUUAAAGUGCAAACAGGCAAUUCAGUUCCCAAGCAUGCCCCUGUAAACGUCACAGCAACUGCAAUCACUGCGACGUCAAUCUUCGUGAGAUGGGGACCAGUUCCACAGGAAUCCCGCAACGGCAAACUGCUUGGAUACAUUGUCUUCUACGGACAAAGAAAYAAUAAAAGAUGGAAGACCAAGAAGCUUAAAAACCCACUGACAUUCCAGUACCGUCUCGGUGAUUUGCCAAUAGGAGUAAAUUACCGUAUAGCCGUUGCCGGGUACACCGUGAUAGGGGUGGGAAAGAAAUCCGUUGCCGUAGAUGUAAAGCGGACACGUCCAGCCAUUGCCUCUACAAGGGGAACAACUGCUAAUCCUACUACAGUUGAAGGUACAGAGGCUACCAAACCGAAGUACRURMACAAUCACAUUCCUAAACCKACAACUAGUAAUUACAAAAUGGCUACAUAUGAAAUAUCAAGCCAAYCACGACAAAUGGAGGACGUCAGUCCAACUACAGUUGUCUCUUCAGGAUCGCCAAAUGCYCAAGCAAAUAAAGAUUUACAAGAAAAUAAAAGUUCAUCUGGACUCGUUUACAAGUUUAUCAUCCCGGCUGCUAUUGGUGGUCUAGUCAUGGUGAUACUCAUCAUUUGUAUCAUGUGGCGGCAAAGAAGGGUUAAACGAAAACGUAACCAGGGGGAAGAAGCCAUUAGACUCACGCCUGUGAGCGAACAACCUAAAAAGAAGGAGAAAUCAAAAUUUGCCGUGACACGAGGUGAAGGUAGCAUUCGUUACGCUCCACCACCAAAGGCAUACACAGAAUCUGGACCACCACCGCCACCUCCUCCGCCACCUCCAGACGCCAAUCCUCAGGGUGGCAAUGCRCAAUCACGUGAGAAUCGAGAGAAGUUGAGCGUCAUUUCAGAAUGUGAACCUCCUGCACCAGAGCCAGAACCUAGUAAAGUAAAGCGGCCGUACGCGGAGGUGUCAAUCGUACCGAAUGACAAGGAUGAUCGUUACGUAAAACGGAACGAACAUAAACCCGUUCCAAGCUCCCCCAGCAAGUCUACGACAAGCGAAGCUGGAUAUGAAAACAUGCAGCAUUUAUAUGAAUGUCUUGAUCGUGUUAAGAAUAACAAAGGAGGUCCACUUUAUAUGAAUGUUGGAACCGCUKCCCAAACYGAUGAGGAAGGACUGUAUGAAGAGAUACCCGCUGACAAAAAGGACAWUGGUAAUGAGCCCGCAGUGCGACAGCCGCUGCUCGAAAAUAACGCUAAUGUGCAAGUCAAAGCUGAAUAUGUCUGAUUGGAACAGUGAGGUAGUUUUGUGAUUUUACAAAAUGGAAAUGUGAUACAAGACUUUGGCACAUACUUGGGUUACCUGUGGUAUUCCAUGGAUCGCAAAAAUCACUAAAUGAAUUUCGUAAAUACUUGAAUAUCACUGUAGACAGUGACCGUAAGAUCAUUAUGUAAUCAUUAUUUAUUUAGAUGUAUAACAUAGUUAAGAUCUAAGUAAUUAGUAUGCGACAUGCUUGAUUUUAAGCACCUCCCUGAUUUAAGUAUACUUUUGAUUUUUUAAAAGUUCAAUUAUAAGUUUUGGUCAGUUUUGCUUACAUUAAGUUACUGCUGAUAACAUUGUAUAAUAUGCUUAAUCUGAACAUAGUUUUMCACUAAUGGAGUUGUUGGACAGGUUUCUAACCAAAGGAGACUAAACCAAAGGCUAUUUGGGCUGUCAAAAGCUUGAAGCUGACGACGUUGCAUUCUAAAAUGCAAAUAUUAGGUAAAGGUACAUUGAUAUAGGUUAUUCAUACGUAAGCAACUAAGGACAGAAAAUCAGCUAUCCUACCUCGUUCKCUUGCUUGACGCAUGUAUCGUCUAUAAAAUUGUAGCUACUACCAACGAGGGUCAUUAAUUAAGCCCAGCCAAUCAACAUACAGAAAAAAAAUGGUAAAAGGGCAAUUGCAUUAACUCUUGAGCUGAAAGCUAUAUUAUGAUUAGCUGUAGUUAGAACGGCUGUUAUAUGCCGUCGCAUUAUCUAGAGUAUACGUAGUAUAUUGUAGUACGAUGAUUUGGAACUUGUCGAUGGAGGAGUGAGAUCUCCAUUUUUCUCAUCUUGGCAUAGACAACGAAAACUUUAUUCUCUUAGUCGCAUUUUGAAAUGGUAUAAUUUUAGAUAUAGAUAWAUGUAAAUAGUUUAUGAAUUAAUUCUGAUAGAAGUAAGAUCCUUUUGAUACUCAUUUUGCGUGGAAUGUGGAGGGCGUGGCUGGUGUAGAUUUGCGUAUUUUGUUCCUCUGUCCUUAUUGAUCUAAUCUAGCCGCGCUGUGGAAAGCCUUGGRCAAAGAAAGCAUUUUCAUUUUUUUCUUAAGCUUGUGAUAGUGACAUUCGCUUGCGUCGCGUCGAACUGGCUUUUUUUUCAAAUCUUUACGGAACCAGAUCUUCAUUAAAUUAUUUUAAGCGGCACCAAACCCCCUCUACAAUUAUACGUUUUAUGAGUAUAUAUUUUAAAAUCGUAAGUUCCAGUUUUCACGUUUAUAAUUAUGCAUAAAGAGUCUGUAAAUAAAACAUUAAAUGUGUAGCGGCUCCAAUAUAUCACAGUAUACUCUACAUGAAAUCCAAUAUAUUGGAUGUAGCAAAAUAUUUAAGCGGCUAUAAGAAUCACAAUAAAAAAACCAUUUUAAUUUCUG